AUGAGAACUGCAGCACAAAUUCCAAAACUCCCAGCUAUCCCUAUACCAACGUUUACGGGAAAAAUCUGGGAAUUUUCAAAUUUCUGGACACUGUUCGAAGCCAAUGUACAUCAACAACCUUUGACGAAGCUUCAGAAAUUCAACUAUCUUGUCAACACUCUGAGAGGAGAAGCCCGAGAGCUUAUACGCCAUUAUCCCAUCACUGAGUCAAAUUAUGAUCAUGCAGUUGACCUCUUACACUCUAAAUACGGCAAUGAGACAGCUCUCAUCGGGAAUCUACAAACGCGUCUAGAAACGGCAAAAGCUGAAUCAAAGAACAUCAAAGCACAGAGACGCCUUCUAGAAACGAUCAUUCCGAUCAUCACACAGCUACAAGAACUAAGGGUCAAUCUCGACGGAUCCUACCUCUCGCAGAAAAUUCUCGCCAAGUUCUCAACCACUCUGCAGCGUCAAGCAUUACAAGAGUACGUCGCGCAGAAUACACAAGAAAGCGAUUGGAAUAUGAGUCGCACAUUGUCAAUCCUUGACAAUCUUAUUUCCACCGAAAAAAGAAUCAACGAAAUGGUAGAUAGAAAUGAGCGAGAGGAUGCAACACCCACUUAUCAAUCAGACAAAUAUUUAAGGAGUCGUUGUCAAAAGAUUCCACCAUCAACAUCACAGCAGUGUUGUAUGCUUUGCAACUCCAACACACACAAAUCAGUUGAUUGUAAUCGAAUGUCAAAUCCAUCAGAUCGACGAACAUUCCUGCUUAACAGCAACAAAUGCUUGAAUUGCGGGAGAGAAGGACACUUCCUCGCAGAAUGUAUAUAA